ACAACCUCUGAUGGCAGCUCUGUCAUCCCCCACUCAGGCACCAUGAAGACCUGUCACCAUGACAACAGCCCACUGUCCAUGUACUCCAUGGGAUGCUGAAACGGACCUGUAGCACCACCUAGUGGACAACAAGAUUAUAAUUAAUUAUUUUGCGCAUUAAGGUUUUAAGUUUCAAGUAUAUACCCUUUGAUACACUUAUAAAUAUAACUUUUGUCAAUAAAAGUUCGUCGUUUGAAGCCCCAAUUAUCCCCUAAAUCAAAGUUUUGAGAGCUGAAGACACUUUUGUUGGGACAAUUAAACAGCAUGAAUGGAGCUCUGUUCAUUAAUGAACUUGACUGUCAUUCUCUUCUCAUAUCACUCUGUGCUGAUGGAGCGAAAAGAGCCAAAACCACGCCACUGCGUGGAGAAGCCCAUCUCCAUCUGCUUCCAGAGGUUCGGCCGCUUCGUGGGAACCCAUCCGUGGUGGUUCUUCAUCUCUCCUCUGUUUAUCUCUGCCGUGUUGGGCAGUGGAUUUUAUUUCUUACAGGAUCGCGAGGCCAAUGACAUCGAGGACCAGUUCACACCAGUGAACGGUCCUGCCAAACUGGAGAGGCAGUUCGUGCAGGAGAACUUUCCUCCGAACGACUCGGUGUUCUCCAACCAAAGACUGUACACGGAUGGAGUUUACGCAUCUUUUAUUGCUGUCUCAACGUCCUCCAACAUCCUCGUGGAUUCUGCGUUUCAGGAGAUUGUCACUUUGGACAGGAAAGUCAGGGAACUGAAUGUGUCCAUGGGUCACGAGGUGCUCACUUUUGAGGAGCUUUGCGCACGAAGGUACAAGAAGUGCAUACCCAAUAAGAUACUGGAUAUUUAUCUAUAUUACGGGAAAAAGGUGGAAAUGACCGAGCUCACCUUUCCGUUUUUUCGUUUUGGGUCCUCGCACAUUUUCCUGGGCUAUUCUGUUGGUGGAGUGAAUGUUAAUUCUUCUGUUAUUAAAAGUGCCAAGGCAUUGCGCCUCUUUUAUUUCCUCAAGGAUCACAAUCGCUCCAGAACAGAUUUAUGGCUGAAUGAAUUCCUCAGGGUAUUUUCUUACAAUUCAUCGCUAAACUGCAUUAAGGUGACCCACUCCACAUCUUUGUCAAGGCAGGUGGAAUUUGAGGCAAACACAAAGGAUGUUAUUCCACUCUUCUCUAUCACAUAUGUCAUUGCCAUUGCAUUCUCCAUUCUCUCUUGUUUAAGGUUUGAUUGUGUCAUGAACAAAGUAUGGGUGGCAACGUUUGGAGUUUUCUCUGCCGGACUAGCUGUUCUUUCCUCUUUUGGGAUGAUGUUACACAUUGGAGUCCCAUUUGUCAUGACAGUAGCUAAUUCACCUUUCUUGAUAUUGGGGAUCGGAGUGGACGACAUGUUCAUCCUCAUCUCCUGUUGGCAGCAGACGAAUGUGCACGAUCGAGUGGAGACCCGCCUGGCGAACACAUACAAAGAGGCGGCCAUCUCGAUCACCAUCACCACGCUCACAGAUGUCCUCGCCUUCUACAUCGGCCUCAUGACGCCCUUCCGUUCGGUUCGCUCCUUUUGCUUGUACACCAGCACCUCCAUCCUGUUCUGCUACAUCUACAGCAUCACGUUCUUUGGUGCGUUUCUCGUUCUCAACGGGAGGCGCGAGAACCGAAACAAGCACUGGCUGACCUGCACGAAAGUUCCAGAGGAGUGUCCCGCGGGUCAGUCGAAAUGGUACGAGCGGUGUUGCGUGGGCGGAGCUUACGACCCCCAUACCGGCACAGAGGAGGUGCAACCCAUGAAUCACUUCUUUAAAAAGUACUACGGCCCUUUCCUGACCAAAUCGUGGACUAAGGUCUUUGUGAUUCUGUUGUAUUGCAUCUACUUGAUUGUUAGCAUUUACGGCUGCUUUCAGAUUCAGGAGGGGAUUGACCUUCGUAAUUUGGCGGCCGACGAUUCUUACGUAGUGAAGUACUACGAUGACGAGAAAGCGUACUACUCCGAAUACGGCCCCAAUAUCAUGGUCGUCAUUCGACGAGAAUUUCCAUAUUGGGAUGAAACGUACAUGUCAGAUCUGGAAUCUUGCAUCGAAGAUUUUAAGAAUUUAUCUUUUAUCGAAAAGGAUAUAUUUACAUCUUGGAUUAAAUCGUACAAGUACUACGGCCAUCACACCAAACUCGAUCUGAGUGCGGAGAACGUUUUCAAAGACAAUUUAGGAACAUUUCUCAGAUUUUAUUCGGACUUCAAACAGGAUGUCAAUUUCACCAACAACUCCAUCCAUGCGUCUCGGUUCUUCAUACAGACGGUAAACAUCUCCACAGCCUUGGAUGAGAUGAACAUGUUGAACAAGCUAAGAGACACAGCACAGAGGUGUCCGGUACCCUUACUAGUGUACCACCCAGCAUUCAUCUACCAUGACCAGUAUGCCGUGAUAGUCAGCAACACCAUUCAGAACAUUGGCGUUACGACAGCCGUGAUGUUGAUCAUCUCUCUCCUGCUCAUCCCAAACCCUCUGUGCUCCCUUUGGGUGACUUUUUCAAUCGCAUCUGUCAUCGUUGGGGUCACUGGGUUCAUGGCAUUGUGGGAUGUUCAUUUAGACACCAUCUCUAUGAUCAUUCUUGUCGUCUGCAUUGGUUUUUCUGUGGAUUUCUCUGCUCACAUAUCAUACGCCUUCGUCUCCAAUAAGAAGCCCAGUGCGAAUGAAAAAGCAGUGGAAGCCCUUUUUCAUUUAGGUUACCCUAUUUUGCAAGGGGCGGUGUCGACUAUUCUUGAGGUGGUUGUGUUGUCUGCGUCGAAGAAUUACAUCUUCAGAACAUUCUUCAAAAUCAUGUUCCUGGUGAUCUUCUUUGGACUCAUCCACGGUUUGACCUUCAUCCCAGUUUUCCUGACCUUCUUUGACAUGUGUAGCGGGACACCGGCUAAAAUCAACAGUAAAAAUAAAGCAGAGGAAGAGGUCAUGAAGAACAGCCAUACCAAUAAUAUUCAUCCAAAGACUAAAGACGGUGAGAUUAAAGAGCUGAACGUUUAUGACAAUCACACUUUUCAACCCAGCGACCAUCAGGUUGGUCAAACUCAACCCUGCUCUGCCGUUUGGAUGAUAACCGGCAAUAAUGGUCACGUUCAAGAUGAUCGGAUGUGCAUGGCGAGCACUGUCCCGAUGUUCAGAGUGGACAUGCAGACUUAUGACGUUCACAUGUAUACAGCCUCCGAUGAUAAAAGGUUUAAAGUGAACGGUCACUCCAAACAAGGCUCUGAAGAUCAGAAUUGUGUUUUAGGAAAUAGCAACCACAUUCAAGAUUCACAUGUUCCCACUCUGAAUUGUUCAAACGUGGACGCUUCGUGAAAUGUGAAAUUUUUUUCAAAUAUGUUUGCAUUGACUUUUUGUUUUAAAGGCAUAGUUCACUCAAAAAUUUGAAUUCUUUUAUCAUUUACACUUAUGUCAUUUCAAACCUAUAUGACUUUCUUUCUUCUGCAGAACUCGAAAGACGAGAUUUCGGACAAUGCUGGUAACCAAAAGACAUUUAACCCCAUUGACUUCAACUUUAUAGAAAAUGUCUUAUUUCUUGAAAUAUCUUUUUUUGUUUCACACAAGAGGCAUUUACAUAAAUGACAUGAGGGUGAAUAAAUGAUGACUGAAUUUUCGGGUGAACUAUCCCUUUUAGUAAUUGAUGUAAAUCUAAGUCACCAUCUAUUGGUAAAAAUAAAGCAAUGUUAUAUCAAUUUAAUAAAAUGUAUUGUUUAUACACUUUACACUUGUUCCAUUUUGGCAGCAGUUCUGUGGUUUUAAUACUCCUUAAAAUAUGUUCAAUGCUGGCAAAUGAAGCUUUUAAAAGCUCAUGGUUUAUGCUUUGAGUUACGGGAUUGUGUGAAGCAAUGCGGUUUAAAAUCACUUUUAAAAAUGUCCAUAAAAUUCUUUAUCACUGAUGUAAGCAAUGUACAAAUCUUAGGAGAUGUUUUAUUUUGCCGAACAUGUGAAUAUUCUUUAGCUUUGUUUAAAAUGUAGAACGAUAGUUUUUCUUGAAUUUUGGUUUAAUUCUUUAAGCUAAUGAAAUGCACAUGAAGUAAAUACACAACAUUUUUAUAUUUCCAGUAUU